UCACCCGAGAUGCCAUGGGAAAUUAUAUCGUCCCCCCGGCGGGAAAACCCCUGACGUCACUUGGUGAUCCAACCCCUGGGCCCGCGGAUUAUCUACCUUUGAUUAGUCAUAAGGCAUCACUUCCUCAUUACUCUAUUUCCGGAAAACAUAAAACAAGUAAAGACAGUGUAAAUCCCGGCCCCUCAGAUUUCUCAACCAGUGGGGACUUGAUUUGGAAAAAUAAAACAGUAACUUUCAAAGGAAGAAGUAAAUGUUCAUUUGAAGAAGAAGCUGAGAAGUACUGUACAGUUAUCGGACCAGCGAAGUACAACUCUAGCUAUCAGCAGUUUGGAAAUAAUUGUGGUCCAAAAUUUAGUAUUGCCCACAAGCAGCGUGCUGACGUCUAUACCGGUCCCCCAAAUAGCCAGGUACAACCUGUGGACUCACAAGGUUUUUCAACACCUGGGCCGAAUUACAGACCAAAUUCCUCUUACUUCGGUCGAGGUCCAAAGAAAUCAUUUGGAGUUGCAAGGACGAUAGUUUGGAAGUACUCACCGGGUCCCAGUGAUUACAUUCUAAAACCAAAGUCACGUGGUCCUUCCUAUUCCUUUGGUUGUAAGCUGCCGCCUCCUCCAAAUGUUCAACAAACCGUAAAUAAGGACAGCCCAGCGCCGAACACGUACGAUCUCUGUACUACUAUUGGUAGAGCCACGUCUGUUAUCAUAGCGAGCAGGAGGCAGGAGAAAGACAGAGACACAAGUGGACCAUCUCCUGCACGAUAUUACCUUCCGGAGUCCCUCAUCAGAGACCCAAAAGCUACAACCCUGGCAUACAAGUGGUUUGAUCCUGAAGGUACUGUAACGAAAUCCAUCCCGAUCAUGAGUGAAUGUGAUAUUUUAUAG